AUGAGCGACGAUUCAAGAUGCUGGGCGGAUCUCGAUCAGGAGAUUCUGAAUCUGAUCCGACAACGACUGCUCGGAGACGACUACUCGAAUUUCAGAGCUACAUGUCGCAGUUGGAACUUCAGAGCUGUUUACGAUCCCGCCGUUUACGAGAAUCUCAAGUACCCAUUCUUGUUGCGCUUCACCAAAGGCGGCGAAGAAGACGACAACAACUAUUCCUACUCCUCCUGCAACGCUUACUCUCUCGCUUACGACAAGUCGUAUUACAUCUCAGCACCGCCUGAUCUGCUUGAUGCCAAGAUUAUGUGUUCUAAUCACGGCUGGCUGUUGGUCGCUAAAGGUCCACGGGUGUUUUUCUACCAUCCGUCGAUACAACAUGUCAUCCGCUUGCCGAAUAUCAAAUCUCAUCAAGCACAAUUUAGUUUCGCGAGCUUUUCCGCUCCGCCUACCUCUCUGGAUUGUAUGGUUCUCGGCGUCGUGGAUUCGAAAUCGAGGACAAAACGCGAUUCGCUUUCAUCCGUCGAGGACAACGUUCUUGGAAGCAGUACUCGUUUUCGAAUGCAACCAGGAGCGUUCUAUUGCUUGGCUCAGGAUGGCAGGUUGGGCGUGUUUGAUCCCACCAAGGAGAAGAAGGGAAACAAGAAGAAGAUGUGGAGGCUGCUGCCUCACACAACGAAAAAGCCUCGCGUGUUCAUGGACGACGACCCGCGAAAAGACCAGGCGUAUCUGCUGGAAUGCAACGGAGAACUGAUCUCGAUCGUGGUCGCCCCCAUGGGAGAAUUCGUGAGAAUUAUCCGGUUCUAA